AUGGUGUAAAGGUUUGAUAAAUUGAAUAUCUUAGCGGACAGUUUAAGGAUUCUUGGCUAAUAUAAUGAAGCUACCAUUUGGGUCGAUAAAGCUUUGCAGGUUGAUCCAAGGCAUUGCAACUCAUUAUAUAGUAAAGGUAGUGUGAAAUUUAAUGUAUUAGCUGACAUUUUAAGGUUGGUCGGUUAAUAUCACGAAGCAAUUCUUUGGGCUGAUAGAGCUUUGUUAGAAGAUCCAAACCAUUUCAAUUCAAUAUCUACUAAAGCGGACAGUUUAAGGAUUCUUGGAUAAUAUGAUGAAGCAGUUAUUUGGGCAGAUAAAGCUUUGCAAUUAAAUCCAAAGUUGCGCGAUUCAUUAUGCACCAAAGCGGAGAGCUUAAGGGGGCUUGGUUAAUAUGAUGAAGCAAUCAUUUGGGCAGAUAAAGCCUUAUAAGUGGAUCAAAAGCAUUGCAGUUCAUUAUAUAUUAAAGGUAAUUCAUUAAGAUUACUGAAAAAGUAUAAAGAAGCUAUGAAAGUGAUAGAGCAAUCUUUAAAAAUUAAUCCAAAUCAUUUUGAUUCUUUGAAGAUAAAAGGUGCGUGUUUACAUGAUUAGAGUUAAUAUAAAGAAGCUUUAAUAUUUAUGAAAAAGCUUUAAAGAUUGACUCAAAUAACUAAUGGAUGA